CGGGGCGCUUCAAUUUCUCUUUCGUUCUCUCUCUCGCAGCUCUACAAUUCCUAUCGCCGAUUCAAAACCCUAGAAUUCAGAUAACCGAACCGGUCGGUUGUAAGCUCCAUUGGUAUCAGCAUCGACAUCUUGAGUUUUAGGACAGACAGCUGGUAUAUGCUCUGAAGUAUACAUUGAUUGUAAUGCCAAAUGUUAGAAUAGUCAGUUGCAACAUUUUACGGUCAAAGGUUCUGGACUUAAAUCAUCUAUGCCUGGCAAUGAAGUUGGAGAUAGAGUUCACAAAUUUUUUGCACAAGACAUUUUAUCACAAGUACAGCCUCAUUCGCCGGUAGUGGACGUCAAUUGGCCAACUUCAAGUGACAAUAUGUGGGCUGGAAGCCAGAGACAGACAGGUGUACUGAGUUCCAACACAAAAAAUUACAAUUUGCAGAACUCUGACACUGGGAGAGGACUAAGCAGUUAUCCAUUCAAUGGGCAGCAUGGUUUAAAUUUUACACAGUCAAUUCCGAGGCUUGAGUCCGCUAAAAAUCAGUCACAAAUCCAGCAGCCAAAUUUGAAUGGUUUCAUGUAUGGUAAUCAGUUUUACCAGACAAGGCAGGGCGAAACAAACUUCCCCGCUGUGGAUACUAGUUCCGAUCAAUGUAAUAUAGCCUCAGGAGGCUCACCUUUUUUUGAGUCACAGCAAUGGUUGGGUCCUGAACAGCACACAAGAGCAACUGUUAGAUCAGAACCUUCUGAUAGUCCUGUCAGUGUUGAUCUUUUUGGUGGUCAGCAAAUCUCUCAUCAGCAAUCAAACAUGCUGCAUUCUUUGCAGCGGCAGCAGUCUGGGAUUAGUGACAUGCAGCAAUUUCAACAGCAAGUUAUGUUCAUGAAGAUGCAAGAGCUUCAGAGACAGCAGCAACUUCAUCAACUAGAAGCGAGGCAACAGAAUACAUUAAAUCAGGUUUCCUCCUGUUCUAAGGUGGCAUCUGGUGUCCAUUCCCCAGCAUUAGUUAACGGCACUGCAAAUUCUGGUACACUAAAUCAUUCCUGGGGAAAUGAGCUUGGCAACACAAAUUGGCUGCAGUGUGGUUCUCCAGUACAUCAAGGGUCCUCCAGUGGAAUCAUUCCAACCAAUAAUGGCCAAGCACAACGUGUAAUGGGUUUGAUUCCUCAACAGAAUGAUCAAUCUCUAUAUGGGGUUCCUGUUUCUAGUUCAAGACCGUCUCUAAACCAUUUUUCACAAGGGGUGACAGAUAAGCAAGCUGUGCAGCCAAUGCCAACCUUUAAUAGUUCAUUUCCAGUUAAUCAAUAUGCUCCAGUAGCAGAUCAGGUCAGUGGGCAGGAUGGGACUUUCAUCUGUAGUCAGAGCCUCCUUGAAAAUGUAUAUGGAGAUGCUCCAAGCCAAGCUCUGUCUAAUGCAGUAGAUGUGGGUAACCUUCAGCAAGAUGAUACUAUGCAAAAAGCUUCAGCUCUCCAGGACUUCUGUGGCAGACAGGAUAUAGCUGUUCCUUCAGAGACCUCACAUGAAGAAGCUGCAGUGCGAGCUUCUUCCGCACAGAACGAGGUUGGACUAGAUCCUACAGAAGAAAGAAUUUUAUUUGGUUCAGAUGAUAAUAUAUGGGCUGCCUUUGGCAAGAGUCCUAUGAGUGGUGAAGGUGGUAAUCCUUUUGAUGGUGCUGAAUUGCUAGAUGGGAUUUCGUCUAUCCAAGGUGGUACUUGGAGUGCUCUUAUGCAGUCUGCCGUUGCAGAAACUUCUAGUAGUGAUGCUGGACUACAGGAGCAGUGGACUGGUUUAAAUUUUAACAGUACUGAAAUUCCUUCUGGGAGACAGAAUUUGACAUAUAACAGCGACAGACAUAGAACAUCUUCUGCUGAAGACAAUUUCCCCCAAGCCUCAUCUUUGAAAUCUGUUUCUGUUCAUCCCUCUGAUAAUAUCGAUAUGAGAAAUAGCUGUCACAAUGUUCAGGGACACAGGUUUCCAUUUGAGCCAGGCAAGAGUCUGCAAUCGAAUUCUUCUCAAAGACUUGUGCAAUCAUCAGACGAAGGAAAUAAGUGGUCCAAGUCAGGUCAAUCACAGAUGUUAGAAGGUCACCAGAUGGUUGAGAAGACUUCAAAUCCUCUUGACAGAGAAAUGAUCUCAAAAAACAUUUCUAGUCCUUUGACACCCGAGCUUGGUGGAGUUAGGGAACAAUAUAACAACUCAGCUGGUUGGAAUGUUCUUGAAUCAGCAGUGCCUUCUGGAGAUGCAGUAAGUGUCUCAGGAGAGAAAUCAUUUAAAUGUUCCCAAGAUUACAAUCAGAAGAAAUUCAUUCAAGGUGAAGUUGUUCAUAGUGGUGCCAGGUGGAAUUCUAAUCCUGGCCAUAAUCCUACAGUUACUAUGGAGCGCGCAGAAUCAUCUGUUGGUAGUCCCCAGGCAAACUUGGAGGUCUUUAGCUUGCAUAAUUCUUCCGCUAUACGAAACUCAAGUACCAUGAGGAGUGGCGAGGAAACCAGUCAAUUUUUCCAAAAUAAUCAUCAAGCUAGUUCUUGGAAGAAUGCUGAUCCACUGGUAAAAUCUAGUGUCAGCAAAGGCUUGGAUGUCUUACAGCAUCAUGUUUCUGAGGACAACCAGCUUUUGCAUUCAUCUCUGGAUAUUGGUGACAAAGAGUAUAGACUGCAUGAGAUGGAGAACAGCGAUAAACAGGAGAACUCAAAUGACAGCCAUCGUUCUAACUUAUCCCCUCAUUCUUCUGCUGGUGGUGUUGGGGAAAAUGUUUUGUCAGAUGACAGGGAUUCAAGGUUUCUGCCAGCUGGGAAGCAGCAGUUGUCUAAUCAUGUUGGUCGGAGAAAUUCUUGGGCUAACAAGUUUCAGUACCAUCCUAUGGGUAACUUGGAUAAGGAUGCAGAUCCUUCUUAUGGAAUGAAACACCCUACUCAUUCUCAGCCUAUGUUGCGGCAGACUGCCCACCAUGGCCAGUCAAUGUUUGCUCAGGUUCCUAAUAUUCAGGCAGAAUUCGAAAAGGCACGUUCAUCUGAUGUUCUGGCCGAUGGCAAAGGCUUUGGUCAGGUGCGCUCUGGCGGCAGCUUUCCUGGUGGUGGAUCUAAUAUGUCUUCACCGUUAAAUAGAUCUGUUGGGCUAUCACCAAAUACGGCUCCACAAUCUAGUCCAAACAUGCUACAGCUUCUUCAGAAGGUGGAUCCAUCGAGAGAGCAUGGUGCAAUGGCUCACUUCAGCAAUUCUGAGCAGAAAGCAUCAUCUGAGGUGCCUGAAUCCGGAAAUGCUGAUGGGUCUGGUGGACACCUCCGGCGAAAUCAGUCUUCUGCCUCUCAAGGUUUUGGUCUUCAACUUGGUCCUCCAUCACAGCAGAUCUCUGUCAAAACCCAUCUCUUGUCAUCUGAGGGUCCUACCAGAGCUCUUAGCUCUUCACAUUCAAGCCAUGCUAUCGUUGAGAUUAGAGAAAAAAGUCAGGGGCAGAUGCCCCGUCCUCAUCAGGCUCAAUCUUUGCCUGCCCCGUCAGACCUCCGACCACAAGAGUUGAAGCAUAGUACAUCUAGAGUUCCAGGAAGUACAACUAGUGAAACUACUAUGCACACCAUGCCUGGGAACUUCUCUUCAGCAUUUGAAUCAGCUUCUGUCCUUACCCACUCGAGAAAUCAACUUCAAAAUCCCCACAUGGUUAGGGCUAGUGGGCAAGACUCCACAAAUCAAUCUAUUAGUGUAUCUUUUGAUGAACAUGCUCCCCAUUCAACAGAAAAAGGAGAUUCUGGCAGAGGACCCUUGCUGAAUGGGGCUGGCAAUAUACCGUAUGGCCCUGCUCUCUCUGGGGGCAAGUCUCAGUUAAGUAAUGCCAGUGGUCCCCAUGGAAGCGUCCCUACUAAUCGAGUGUCAGCGAAGGAGUCAGUAUCAGCCUCUCCAUCUUUUUUAACUCCUGGGAUAUCUCUGCAGGGUGCAUCUUCCAAGAAGUUCGCUAAUAUGCGGAUGAAUUUCCCACCACCACAGCACCUUUUUAGUGGUCAGUAUAGCAAGGAGCCUUCCCAUAUUCCCCAGCCGAAUCAGAUGAAUAUUAUGGAGUCAUCAUUAUCUGCUCCAGAGAGGCAAGGUGAUCAAGAUGCCUAUAGAGGAGGGGCUUUCAUGUCUGGGCUUGGUAGUAGUUCAGUGACUUCUCUGUGUUCUGUUGAGGCAGAAGAACUGCGAGAAAAGGAGAGCACUUCUGAGCCAGCAGCUUCGGAUAAUGUGGACUUAGUGCAGAAAAUGAUUGAUUCACAGGGUGGAGAAUCUAUUGUCAAGAAUCUCCCCGAAGGAUCUCCUUCAAAUUCGGCCUCUAUGCAGAAAGAUAUUGAAGCCUUUGGCCGAUCACUGAAACCAAAUAGCUUUCCCAAUCAAAGUUACUCCUUACUAAACCAAAUGUGGAGCAUGAAAAACGCGGACACCGAUCCAUGCAAUAUGGCCCUCAGAAGAAUGAGGGUACCAGACAGCAAUGUAGCUGCACAGCAAGUUCCUUCUGCUGAUUCUAGAAUGCUAAGCUUCUCUGGGCAAGAUGAUUUGCAAAGAAGUGUGUCAUUUCAACAUGGAGGAAGGAUGACUCCUCCGGAUGUUGCAUUCCGUCAGGAUGAAUAUCAGACUGGCUCUCAUAACGGUGAUACUAAUUCUGUCAUGCCUGAGCAAACUCAGAUCAGUCCACAUAUGGCACCAUCUUGGUUCAACCGGUACGGAAGCUUCAAAAAUGGGCAGAUGUUACAGAUGUAUGAUGCACACAGAGCUGCCGCCAUGAAGACAGCUGAACAACCUUUCACACCUGCGAAGUCUACCAGUGGUUUGCAUGCAUUUAAUUCUAUUCAGCAAGUAAUCCAUGCAACUGCUGAUAGAAGUCAAAUUGGUAAUCUUGGGCCAAGUUCAAUUGCCAGCUCUGCUGCAACUGAACAUUUUUCUUCUCUACAAAUGUUGCCUCUGAACAUUGGUCAGCAGCACCCAAUCUUGAAACCCAAAAAGCGGAAACGUUCUACAUCUGAACUCACUCCUUGGUACAAAGAAAUUUCUCUGGAUCUAUGGAGCGAUCAGACAAUCAGCCUGGUGGAUAUAGAGUGGGCCACAGCAGUUAAUAGGGUUACCGAAAAGGUUAAAGAAAUUGAGUCGGUUGAUGAUGGGCCACCUAGGCUUAAAGCUAGAAGAAGGCUUAUAUUGACCACUCAGCUUAUGCAGCAACUAUUUUAUCCUCCGCCUGCAGCAAUUCUUUCUGCAGAUGCUAAAUCAGAGCAUGAGAGUGUGGCUUACUCCAUAUCCAGAUUGGCAUUAGGGGAUGCAUGCAGCAUGGUCUCUUGCUCGGAUGGUGAUACCAAUAUGCCUCAUGAUGGAAAAGAACCAUUUCCUGACAAGUGCAAGGUAUCUGAGAAGAAAAAUUGGCAUCAGUUUGCCAGAGCUAUGGAAACGUUAAUGGGAAGAGCGAGGAAGUUAGAAAGUGACUUUGUUAGUUUGGACAAGAGAGCGUCGGUAUUGGACGUGAUAGUGGAAGGACAAGAUUUGGAGAAGUUCUCAGUCUUCUAUCGAUUUGCAAAGUUUCAUGGUCGGGGGCAAUUCAAUGGUGCUGAGUCAUCAUCAACAGAUGCAGCUGCACAUAGCCAUAAAUCUUUUCUGCAAAGAUAUGUCACUGCGCUUCCAAUGCCUAAAAAUCUUCCUGAUAGGGUACAAUGUCUUUCAUUAUGAUCAUUAAUUUAGUUAAUAUUUUUUCCGCGUUCUCGUCAUCUAUCCAGUAGCUCCCUAGGAAGUUUUGUCGCUAAUUAUGUACUGGCACUAGCAGCAGCAUGAAUAGAACCACACAAAUGCAAUUGCAGAAAGAACAGUCUCUAAAUUGCCACCUCAAAUGCAGUAUAGGCAGUCCAUUUUGCACGUUAGCCAAUUAUGACAUUGUCAAGAAAUGUGGUUCAUUCCAUGUGCAUCUCUCCCGAGCUAGAGAGAGAGAUGUCCAUAUAUAGUUAGUUCAGUGUUGUGAAUGUAAUGGUAAUUAUUUAAGUCAGGUUUAGUGCACUUCAAGUUCGCAUCUUCUAGGUAAAUAUAUAAUGUAUAAUGCCUAGGCUUAUCUUAGUAGGUAAAUAUGAAUUGUCAGCUUUUGCGAAAUUAAUGUUUUGGCUGUAUGUACCUUUUUCA